AUGCGGGCGCCGGCGGUGAAGGCUUCCGCACCGGAGAAGAAGACGGUUAAGCGGAGGGGCCGGCCGCCGAAGUCCGGAGGGAAAAAGUCGCAGCUCGCCCUUCUUGGGGGAUGUGCACCUGGAAAUGCAUUUGCUCCACAUGUGCUGCGUAUCAAUCAGGGUGAGGUUCUCAACACUAGUGUAUCUAAAAAUUUAUUUGAGUACUGUAUGCCUGGAUUUCUCUUACUAUCUGCUUUUUUCACCAAGUUCCUGUUUCUGAAGAAAAAUGGGUGGGGUUCAGAAUCAGUGGAAGAAGAUUCAGCGAAGCUUCAUGACAAAUCCAUCUGCAUUCUAUCAGCCAAUGGCACGUUAUCAAGUGUAAACCUCCGUCUAUCUUCACAGUCAGGUGGCCUCAACAAUGCAGUUUACCAGGGUCACUUUGAGAUAAUUUCACUAAAAGGCUCUUAUCUGCUGUCUGAUGAGGAUUGCUCAGGAAACUGCAAUGGGGGUUUAAGCAUUGUAGUUUCCACUCCCUGUGGCAGCCUGUUUGGAGGUAGUGUUGGAGGGCCGCUGAUUGCUGCAGACCCUGUGCAGGUGAUUGCUGGGAGCUUCAAUUACAGGGUGAUAGAGGAAAAGGAGCCAAGCACCAGUGAGAGCGAACUUAGUGACCUGAAAGUACCCUGGGAGGUGGAUGCAAUGCCUUAUGAAGCUCCCUUUUCACCUUUGCCUCAGUUUGGGUGGUCCAGUCUUGAAGAUGUCGAACUUGGGCGCCAUGGUUUCGACCUGACCGAUGGGUAGCACUUGGCACUAGCUGUAUGAAGAUACUAUAUGAUAGAGAUAUGACACAACAGUUAUAAGGGGCGAACUGUUGAAAACUUGGAAUUCCAAAGAUAUUUCGUGGUCAGGAGAUUACUUACAAACUCAAGUGCAUAUUUCACAGGGGGAAAUAUUUUUUAAUUUUAGUUCUCAAAUAUUUAAAGAAGUGUAAAACUGGAGUGUCGUUCACUUAUUCAGGAACAUAAGUGUAG